AUGGCUAGAUUGGCUCAGAUCAAUUUCAAUCGAUCGAGACCCUCGCAGGACCUAAUUGCUAGGAGUUUGAUCUGGGUCUGGUUGCGGUAUCGGAGCCAAAUCGCGACCCCUGACGAACGCUGGCUGACCUCCACGGAUACUCCUCCUUCGGCCGCUGUCACCUGGCAGUGGAGCCGUUUGAGGGUGCCGUGCUCUCCUCGAUGGAGGGGUAAGCGGUUUGCAGCGGUGGACUGGGGGGAUGUGACUAUCGUAUCAUGUUACUUUCCUCCUAGUCUUAGUGACGGUGCAUUUUUGCGAGACUUACGUGAGAUGGAGGAGAGAGUGCCUGGACGCCCGGUCAUCGUGAUGGGUGAUUUUAAUGCACGCUCGCCCUCCUGGGAUCCUGGUCAACCUAACAGGAGGGGGAGACUCCUGGCGGACUGGCUGGGUCUCUUGGACAUACAUAUACUUAACGUGACUUCAGAACCGACGUGCGUGCAUCCGCGUGGGGUGUCUUGCGUCGAUCUCACACUGGCGUCGUCUUCUGCGGCCAGGAGGAUCACCUCUUGGCGUGUGGGAUCUGAGGUGGAGUCCCUCUCGGACCACAAAUAUGUAUUCAUUGAAGAUGCCUCUCUGGCUGGGCCCGUCAUUGGAAGGACUGCACUUAAGGCCUUUCCGAGAUGGGCUAUCGGAAGAAUUGAUCCGGAUCUUUUGGAAGCCGCGGCGAUCUUUUCGGCUUGGAGCGGUAUUCCUGAGAACGCUGCUCUUGGAGCUAAACGGAUGGAUCGACUGCUCCGGGAUGUCUCCAUGCCCAGAAGGGGGUUGCCGAGGAGACCCACCACUUACUGA